CAAACCAUAGAGCGAGAGAGACGGGAGAAUUGAUGAACUUCCAUCAUACGUAGAAAUGAAUUCCGGGCCGCGAUUGCUCUGUAUACAAGCGCCCUCGUAAAACAUUGCUACUACAGCUGCCUGCUGACGGGGUUUAAUUCAGAAGUUUGGCGACCGCGACUGGAUGAGGACGCACCGUUUGUUUCGUUUCCGUUUAGGCUCGAGUCAGCGCGCAACAUAGCGCUCAAGUGGAUUCCGAGAACCGAAGUCACUGCGUGGUGGAAACCAGUUAGUUAGUCAUCCAGUAGAGCGGGCGGGCAGAAAUUUACCAACAGAAAUACGAUUUUUUUUUUCGGUGCUAAGUGAAAUCGCAAUCAAACCGGACCGGUACUUGAGGUGGAAUAUUUCGGGAGCGUGCCCCACAAGUUUUCGGGACGAUAAAUAGUCGCAAUUUAUCGUUUGAAGUGAUUUGACCCCGCGAGCGAUGAGUUUCCGCUUCGACGUCGUCAUCAUAAUCAUCAUCAGUGGAUAUCGAGUGCGGUCAAGUGGCUAGUGAGUCGUAAAGGCGAUUGUUUUUAGUGAUAAUUCACUGUUACAAGUCUAUCGAGAGAAGCUUAAAAAUCAUUACAGUCCAAGUGUAGUGCAAUGUUAUUAACGAGUGCCUUCAGUUUACUAUCUGUGAUAGUGGCGGUUUGUGGCGGGCAGAGCUUGAGUGGACCUUCGAAUUCUGGAUCGUCUGUUGCGUUCGAAAGCGGAAGUGAAGGAGACUUUGAACCUUAUGCUAGGAUUUUCCCGGUGCUGCGUCACGAUGGUGGACAGCAGCUGAGCGUAAGCUACCUUCUGGAUGAAGCGAAUGUGACGCUGGAUUUGCGUCUCAAUGAUGAAAUGGUACCCGACGGGAACUUUAUCAGUGUGCAGGCGAACGGUGUCGAUCGGAUCAGGCGACUCGAAGAUCACGAGGUGGAGCUGUGUCACUAUCACGGCACAAUUCGCAACCACCCCGGCUCUUACGUAGCACUCUCCACCUGUGACGGCAUCCGUGGAGUCGUCUACGAUCGCAAUGAAACCUAUCUGCUGGAGUUUGCCGAGCUUAACUCACAGCGAGAUCAUUACGUUUACAAGCAAGCCGGAACAGUUUCCGCGCAUCGGGCGAAACGCUCCUUCGAAGCAUUCCAACCACCUCCGGCGGACUCUUUCCGGACGGCCUAUCGGUCCAACGCUUCGUCCAACUACGUCGAAUUGGUCCUAGUUAUCGACCGGAGCCUGUAUCGCAUUACCAGCAAUGUCCAACGGAUACAUCGCUACUGUCUGGAUCUGGUAAACAUCAUGAAUGCCAUCUACCGUCCGCUGAAUAUCUAUCUCGCCCUCGUGGGCGUAGUGAUUUGGUCCGAUAAGGAUGCCAUCGAUAUCACCGAGGACUCGAAGAAGACCUUGGAGAACUUUCUCAGCUAUCGACGAAACACACUGCUGAAGUUGAUCCCUCAUGACAAUGCUCACCUGCUGACCGGAAUGCACUUCUCCGAUAGUGUGGUGGGUAAAGCGGAGAUGGGUUCCAUGUGUACUUAUGCCGGAUCGGGUGGAGUGGAAGUCGUAGAUACCAACUUCGUAGCACUGCAGGCCAGUACGGUAGCGCACGAGAUGGGUCACAAUUUCAACAUGGACCAUGAUGGACCCGAGUGUCGCUGUCCCAGUGGAAACUGUGUUAUGGCACCGAAAACGGUCCGUAGUCAAGCUGCCCCGAAGGACUGGAGUUCGUGUAGUUUGGAGUAUCUGGCGACGGGUCUGAAGCAUGGAAUUGGCGCAUGUCUGAAGAACAAACCGGCGAAGAUGUUUGUUAAGAGUACCUGCGGAAAUGGAUUGUUGGAACCGGGUGAGGAAUGUGACUGUGGGCUACCUCAUGUGUGCGAUACAAAGUGCUGUGAUGCUAUGACCUGUCGGUUGACUGUUAAUGCAACUUGCGCUAUUGGUGAGUGUUGUGAUUUAGAACGUUGUCAGCUGCAUCAAGCGGGUGCUAGAUGUCGGUCUGCCGUCGGUGAGUGUGAUCUGCCAGAGUACUGCGAUGGGCAGACAGCUUUUUGCCCGAAAGACGUUUACUUGCGUGACACGGAACCGUGUGCUGGUGGAAAGGCGUAUUGCUAUCAGGGACAGUGCAAGACACGCGACAGUCAGUGUAGGGUGCUAUGGGGUUCAACUGCCAAAUCGAUCGACGAUUAUUGCUAUCAAACGAACCGGAAUGGGACAAUUUUCGGGAACUGCGGGAAUGAUCUGCAGACUGGAGAUUUUUUAAAGUGUAGACAGGAGGAUAUCAUGUGCGGAUUGCUGCACUGUAGCCAUAGAAAUGAGAAGCUAGAUUACGGAAUGCAAGCGUAUUCGAAGUUAACUACGACCAAGUUUAGUCAUUACGGACCUAGAGGUACGGUGAGGUCCACCAUUUGUAACUCUGCCAUAGUAGAUUUAGGUUUAGAAGUUACCAAUCCCGGGCUGGUCCCGGAUGGGGCAAAAUGCGGUGUUGGGAAAAUGUGCUGGAAUCAGAAGUGUGUAUCGUUAACUCGCCUACAGGAGAACGAUAUCGGGGAGGAUUGUGCUGAGGGUUGUAGCGGCCAUGGCGUAUGCAAUAGCGAAGGAAACUGUCACUGUGAUGAAGGGUAUGGAGGUGAAUUAUGUGAACAGUCUGGACUGGGUGGUUCGAUCGAUAGUGGACCAAGCGUAGAUCCGGAAGCGACUGGUCAUAUAACUCUUGCGUUGUAUAUUUCGGGUGUUGUACUAUUUGCCGCGAUAGCUGGAUUUUUGUACAUGAACCGGAGUGUGUCAGGUGAGCUGUUGAGAAAGAUAUUGAUUAAAUUCCGUAUGCGGAAGUAUGGACAAAUGGUACCACCAGCAUCGCCGACUGUAGUGGCACCUCCAAAACCACCUCGGCUGCUAGUUUCAGCGCCUGUGCAGAUGCUUACCAAUACCGAUGUGGUGUCCACACGUACAGUACCAUCUCCGGCAAAUGAAUCAGCUCAACAUUUUAUCAAUGUCAACAUUAACAAUAGCGGGAAAGUUACCAUCGAAAACAAAGUGGUCAACUCGCCAUUUAUGUUGAGUUCAACGCUUUUGGAUGCCCACGAAGCAAUACAUGAAAUCAAAGCCAAAGGAACACCGGCUAUUCUGCUGGACCAGCGUUCAAUCAGUGUUGAAUCCGAUAGUCCACUAUUGACGUCUAUUGGACAUAAAACACCCCUCGAUACACCUCCAAUUCUGGACAAUCAAGAAGCUAACUUCGGGAUGCUUCUAAGUCAAGUUAAGCUUAAAAAAGUGCACAACUUUCAAAAUUAUCGGUCAAAGAGUGAUGAAAAUCCUCAACGUCGACUACCGGACCUGCCAAGGCAGAAAACCAUCGGUGAAUUCCAAAACAUAAUUGCCGAGGUUCAUCCGAAAAGAAGUCCUGCAACAGAGGAACCUCCGACGAAUCCUUUCGGUGCUGUCACACUGAAGAAAGUGAAACCACGGACGCCUAAUCUCAGUCGAGAAAACCUGGACGAAAUCACGGAGGAAGGUUCCACCCAGAAACCGACGCGUCCACCCGUGGUAACGAAGCCAUCCCCUAAACUAGAUCUCAGUUCGAAUCCGAAACCGAGCCUACCUCAAAAACCACAGCAAUCUAGAGACAAUCAACUCGGCGAAGGGAAGCCGAAAGUCGCCAGGAAACUUCCACAGAUUCCGCAAACUGCGUCCAGUAAAAGUAGGCCUCCUCUAACGAGGAAACCUGCCAUCAGGGACGAUGGGGACGCUUCCGGUGCGAGCAGCGGUAACCUAGCAGCACUGAAAGCUAAACUUAAUUUAGACCAAGUCGCCGGAGGUAUCAAACGAUGAUAUAAGUAGCCUUAGAUUUGUCUAUUUAUUGGUACCGUGUUAGGCGCGAUUGAAUGUUUGUUGAUAUUUGAAGCAAAUUUUGUAGUGUUAAGACUUGUGAUUUGUAACGAUACCCCACUUCGUAGAAGUGCUACCCUUUAGACAGUAAGAAUUUCUCAUAUCAUUACGAGUAAACGACUCUCAACUAGACUGCUUGCAACAAUUAGGUACUUACGAUGAUAUCGAA